UUUGGAGUUUUCCAAAAAUCUAACCCACUGCGAGGCACUGAUAAAAGUUAAUGACACCCUGACAAUGACAGGGGACCAGACAGCUAUGAUAAACAAACUUCUAACUCCUUCAGCUUGCCUCCAUCUUGGAAAUAUACCAAACAGUUUGACAUAUGAGAACAUUCCAUCUGGAGGUUUCAUCGGGUGUAUGUCUGACUUAAAAGUUCAUGGGAGGAACGUAUACAUAUAUAAAGACGCUGAAGAUGGUUACGAAAUAUCCGAAUGCUCUUCUUUAGCCUGUUUAUCGAAUCCCUGUAAAAACGGAGCAUCCUGUAUAUCCUCAGGUGAAAAAUGGAGAUGUCGAUGCAAGAACGGGUUUUUAGGAAAUAUGUGUGUGAAUUAUCAAUACGGUAAUGAAAUCCAUGUUUAUAUGGUGGUACUUGUAUUCCGUCUAGCAGUGAAGUUUACUUGUGUCUGUGCCCAUACAGCAAACACGGACACUUUUGCGAGAACG